GACCGGCUCACCACCUAACGGCAAAAGAAAAGCGCAGCCGCACCCGCAGGCAGGUCCAAAUCAAGCCUCCUCGCCGCAACCACUCUCUCUCUCUCGCCGGCGUCUCCCCAUUCACCGCCCCCCCGGGUAGAGCACGAGUCCUCCGAGAAGAGCGCGAAUCCCCAACCCAGGCAGCUGCGGUGCGCCGCCCCCCGCCUAAACUUAGCGGCCGCUCCAGGAAUAGGCGCGGGGCGCGCGGGGAUGGGGUACCUGCCGUCCUCCCUCGGCAGCAAGGCGGCGCACUUCGUGUCCGACCUCACCACCGUCAUCCUCAACCCCGUCUCCGAGCGCGAGCCCUCCCACCUCCCCGAAAUGAAUAGCUCCACCUCCACUCCAAUGUUCUUUCGGAGGCUACACGCUCCAGAGCUUCGUAUCAUUCCUGCUCCAGCCUUAUUCAUUCUGUGAAUUUGAGGCGGACGAAGAGCAAGAAAAAUCAGAAGACGACAAAGAUUCUGACCAUAAUUCUGAUAACCCUGAUGGCCCCGAUACAUCUUCGUUUAGAGCAUUCAUGAUCUCAUUUUUGUCGCCGUCUAGCUCUUUUAACGAUUCAAGGGAGAUAAUCCCCGAGCAGAGUGAAGAAAUGGGAUACCCAACUUUAACACCAGUUGGGAAGGCAACCAAGGGAAAGACAGGCUUGCUAAGCAGAGGGAAGCAUUCCAUUGGAAAAAUCAUUAAUAAAGCGGCUAGGAUGAGCGGUUUCAAACAAAACUCGGAACCUAAAACUGACAAAGAGGUGGCGAGUCAUGCUGAAUCAGCUGCACCUGCAUUGGAGCUCGAAGGACCAAAUGAAGUUAACUCCCUGACCAACAUGCCAGCUAUGUCAGAGCCAUCUGUCCUUUUGUCAGAAACAAUGCGAUCCACUCUUUAUUCCUCUCUUCCUAUUCUGGCCCAAGGAAGGAGCUGGGUUUUGCUAUACAGCACAUGGAGGCAUGGAAUAUCUUUGUCUACUUUAUAUAGAAGGAGUUUGCUGUGCCCUGGUUACUCACUCCUGGUAGUUGGGGACAGAAAGGGGGCGAUUUUUGGUGGUCUAGUUGAGGCUCCAUUACAGCCAACUAGCACAAAGAAGUAUCAGGGUACCAAUAACUGCUUUGUUUUCACUAAUUUACACAGCGAUCCUGCUAUAUACCGGCCAACAGGUGCCAAUAAGUAUUAUACUGUGUGCUCUGCUGACUAUUUGGCACUAGGAGGUGGAGGUCAUUUCGCACUUUAUCUAGACUCAGACCUUUUGAGUGGUUCAAGUUCAAAUUCGGAGACUUUUAACAACCAGUGUCUGUCACAUUCUCCAGACUUUGCAGUUAAAGACGUUGAGCUAUGGGGCUUCGUCUAUCCUUCAAGGUACGAAGAGAUGCUCAAGCUCUGCCGUACUGAGAAGCCAGGGGUAUGCCGAUUUUGAGUUUACCGAACCAAUGUGUGUUACAUCUGUACAGUUUUUAGUAGGCGGCGCUAGAACUUUAGUGUGCAGGACCAUGGUAGAAGUAUUUCGGAAGUGAGAACUUGUCUUGUCGAGCGAGUUUCCUAAGAUUUAUAAAUUCUGUAAUUUUCUUGUUAUGCCGGCGGAACAGGCUUACUGAUGGCUGUUCGAAUUACAGCGGCAAAUGUACUGCAUCAUUCUCA